ACAUUUGAAGCACUUACACGCAUUUUCUUUUUCAAAUCAACAAAACCAAACAAAAUUCCUUCUCGAAAAGUCAACUCUCUUUUCUUCUUCUUAUUCUUCUCCAAAACACAAACACCGCUUUCACAUUUUUUUUUUGGUUUUUUAAAGCUAAAAAUCGAAUUCCGAGCUUUUAAAACCAUCUGCACAAAGAAAAUAAAUUAAUUCUCAACUUCCCUAUUUUUGUUUUCUGUUUUCUGUUUUUGAAUGGGAAAUAGCGUCGGAAAGAUUGGACUCUGUUUGGCCGGCGCCGGAGAAAUAUCACGGCGGCAUGAUAUCGCCGUCAUUCUAGGUGACACACUUGACGAAGGUUUGGGCCAUUCCUUCUGUUACGUCCGACCCGACCGGGCCCUCCUCUCCAACUCCAAGGUUCACUCUGACGAAGAGAACGCCACAACGACAACGUUCCGAUCAAUCUCAGGAGCUUCAGUGAGCGCGAACACAUCGACUCCACUCUCCACGGCUCUCAUUGAUGUAUACCCAUAUAGCAAUGGCUUCGAUCGAGCUGCUAAGUUCGAGAGCUCCACUUCCUUCGCUUCGAUUCCUCUGCAACCCGUACCUCGGAGUUCGAACAACCUCGGAUUCCCCGGUUCGGGUCCGAUCGAGAGAGGGUUCUUGUCGGGUCCGAUCGAGCGGGGUUUCGUUUCGGGACCGAUUGAUCGUGGGUUUUAUUCAGGUCCGGUUCUAAAAGAGUGCGACGAUGAGCUUCAGAGAAGCUUUUCCCAUGGUGGGUUUGAUGAAAUCAGAGCAAAAACCAAGAAGAAGAAAAGAAGCUUGAUGAAGAUUCUUCAGAGAGCUAUUUCCAACACCAUAGUUCGUGGGCACAAGUCCAUUGUAGCUCCGAUCAAAGGGGUUGUUUCUUCGGUUAAACAAUCAGAUUCAGAUAAGAAUAUCGAGGUGAAUGAAGCUGUGAAUGGUAGUAUCCAUUUCAGUAGCCAUUUGAGCUCCAACAACGGUGAUGAUGUUGAUGGUAAUGAUGAUGAUGAUGAUUAUUCAAUGGAAAGUCAGAAUCUUCAAUGGGCACAAGGAAAAGCCGGUGAGGAUCGAGUUCAUUUAGUGAUUUCCGAGGAACAUGGUUGGGUUUUUGUUGGGAUUUUUGAUGGGUUUAACGGCCCGGAUGCUCCUGAUUAUCUGCUUUCCAAUCUAUACUCUGCUGUGCAUAAGGAACUCAAAGGGUUAUUAUGGAAUGACAAAUUCGAAUCCUCGAAUUCGAAUCCGAAAGAAUCAACAGAGGGAAUCAAAAGUAAUGAAAUGGUUGAUGGGGAUGUGGAAUUGGAUUUGGAUUUAGAUUCUAGUUCUAAGAGAAAGAUAAGUAGGAGUAGAAAAGGGGUUUCGAAAGAAUGGGAGAAGAGUCGGAGGAGAUGGAAAUGUGAAUGGAACAGGGAAAGAGUAGAAAUUGAAAGCAAACCAAAAGACAAGUUGAACCGAUCGGUAUCAAAUGGAGUUGGAGCUGUUAACCACUCUGAUGUUUUGGAAGCCCUUUCUGUGGCUUUGAGGAAGACAGAAGAUUCGUAUUUGGGUAUUGCAGACAUGAUGGUAAUGGAGAAUCCUGAGUUGGCUCUGAUGGGUUCUUGUGUUCUGGUUAUGUUGAUGAAGGGAGAUGAUGUUUACUUGAUGAAUGUUGGGGAUAGCCGAGCUGUUUUGGCUCAGAAACCUGAGCCGGACAUUGGCACACGAAGAGAGCAGCGAAGGGAUUUGGAUCGGAUCAAUGAGGAAACGAUUGAUGAUGUUGAGUUAUGUAAUGCUGAUGAAUGUUACGGUUUUACCAAUUUAACUUCCCUUCAGCUAACUGUGGAUCAUAGCACAUAUGUUAAAGAGGAAGUUGAGAGAAUCGAGAAUGAACAUCCGGAUGAUGCUUCUGCAAUAAUGAAUGACAGAGUAAAAGGCUACUUGAAGGUCACUCGAGCUUUCGGAGCCGGCUUUCUCAAGCAGCCAAAAUGGAACGAUGCUUUGCUUGAGAUGUUCAGAAUCGACUAUGUCGGAACUUCCCCCUACAUCACUUGUUUACCUACACUUCACCAUCACAAACUCAGCCAAAGGGACAGAUUCUUGAUAUUGUCUUCUGAUGGUCUCUACCAAUACUUCACCAACGAAGAGGCCGUUUCCGAAGUUGAGUUGUUCAUCUCUUCAUUUCCUGAGGGAGAUCCUGCGCAACAUCUCAUUGAGGAAGUGUUGUUCCGAGCAGCAAGGAAAGCCGGUAUGGAUUUUCACGAAUUGCUCGACAUCCCACAAGGGGAACGCCGUCGUUACCACGACGAUGUUUCCAUCAUUGUUAUUUCUUUGGAGGGAAGAAUAUGGCGUUCAUCUGUGUAAAUACAAAUAUUAGCAAAAUACAAAGUAUAUACAGAAAAGGUUGAGGCAAUUUUGCCAUUUCCUUCGUUUGUAUAUCUUUUUUUUGGUUAUCAACUUUGUAGCAUACAAAUUAGGCACAGAAAAACAACCUUUUCUUGUAUAUCAAGAUGUGAAAGAUUGUAAAGCUGCUAAAAUUUUACCCUGUUUUCUCCUUAAAUAUGAUAGAUGAAUAUAAUAUACACCCUUUUAAGGUUUUUCUAUCAAA